AAUUGAGUCGUAUUUCUGUUCCCUCUACGGAAGCAUUUUGAUGUGGCACCGCAACAUUCACGUGUAAACAACUUGUAUGAUUUUUGUAAUGCAAAUGUUCAUACGUGUCGCUUCAGUAGUCAUACUAAAACUGUAAUUCAACAACUAGUUUAAUCUUCAAACAUAUCCACCUUAUUUGUAGCGAAUAUGGCUUCACUAGUACAACAGGGCGACGACGGCAUGGAUGACUUUAUGGAGAAAUUAAAAAAAGAGAAAUAUAGCAAUGCCUUUUCUGAAAAGAACUGGGAAGAGGAGUUUGAUAAGGUGCCCAUGUUCAUGAAGACAGCCCCUGAGGAGAUCGACCCCAUGAAACACCCGGAGCUGGCUGCUAUUCAUUCCAUUAUACACGAUGAUGACAGACCACUAGAAGAGCAAGCCGGGAGCUUGAAAGAUGAGGGGAACGACUGCUACAAGGAGAAGAACUACAAGAAGGCUAUCGUGUCCUAUACGGCUGGGCUGAAGAAGAGCUGCAGUGACUAUAAUGUUAAUCGGGCGGCGGCACACUUCCACCUGGGUAACAUGCGUUCUGCACUGAAUGGUGCUGUCGCUGCAAAGAAGUUUAAACCAGACCACCUCAAAGCAUUAAUCAGAGGUGCCACAUGUUGCACGGAGCUUAAAAAAUAAGACGCCCUGCAGUGGUGUGAAGAACUCAAGCCGCAGCCGACAGACAAGAAGCUGCUGGAGCUGAGAGCUACAGCAGACAUACAUAAGAGAGCGGUAGGGAGAGAUGCAAGGAAGGCAAAGGUCAAAGAGAAGAAGGAGCACAGUGAGAGAGAGGCCCUACUGGCUGCCAUCAAGGAGCGUGGCAUCCAGUUACUAAUGCCUCAUCAGCGUCCCAGGCGCAGGUCUGACAGUGAGGAUGAUGGAGGCUCCUGUAGAGCCAUGGCAGGGCUGGACCUGGAUGGUCUGUGUUCUACGGAGGCCACAGGUGUGAAGGUGUUCCUGGAUGAACCGGGAAUCAUGCACUGGCCAGUUCUCUUCCUGUACCCCGAAUACCAACAAACAGACUUCAUCUCAGCCCUCAGCGAGUCCUCCAGCUGUUCUUUGAAGACCAUGAGAAAGAGUCAUUACAUCAAGUCAACCCCGAGAAGCCUCUCAUUACAAUUCUUCAGCAUAAAAGGUGUUUUACGAAGGCAGGAACUCCCAGCUUCGUCAUUCUGGUAAAGGGGUCACCGUUCUGCGAGAAGUUCAUAUCAAGAAAGGAAAACACAGCUUUUAACACAUUCUCUUCAUCAGUCAACCUAGACCUGUCAAUCAAAAAGAACAACGAACUCUCUCUUUCACCAGUGAACACACAAAUUGAGUUAAAUUACAUAGAAGAAGAGACAGUGUUGCAAGCAGCAUCCCCACGCUCAGGGAUUGAGAAUGUUGCGGUGCUCACGAGCUGUGCAUACUCCACCUAGAGAUCAAAUAGUAUUUUAGAGUGGGCGUAACCUGUCAUACAAUCUGUUGUAAUAUUGUCACUAUAACUAAAAGGCCUUAAUGGAAUGUA